AUGAUUGGAAGGGGAUUGGAACACCUGAAUCACAUGAUAUGGAGGGGAUUGGAACACCUGAAUCACAUGAUUGGAAGGGAUUGGAACACCUGAAUCACAUGAUUGGAAGGGGAUUGGAACACCUGAAUCACAUGAUAUGGAGGGGAUUGGAACACCUGAACCACAUGAUUGGAAGGGGAUUGGAACACCUGAAUCACAUGAUAUGGAGGGGAUUGGAACACCUGAUUCACAUAAUAUGGGAGGGGAUUGGAACACCUGAAUCACAUGAUUGGGAGGGGAUUGGAACACCUGAUUCACAUGAUAUGGAGGGGAUUGGAACACCUGAAUCACAUGAUUGGGAGGGGAUUGGAACACCUGAUUCACAUGAUAUGGAGGGGAUUGGAACAUCUGAAUCACGUGAUAUGGAGGGGAUUGGAACAUCUGAAUCACAUGAUUGGGAGGGGAUUGGGACACCUGAGUCACAUGAUAUGGAGGGGAUUGGAACACCUGAAUCACAUGAUUGGGAGGGGAUUGGAACACCUGAAUCACAUGAUUUUAGG